AUGCCCCCAAUUCACUUAAGCAAAAAAUAUAUUGACGUGGGAUGCCUGGCUACUUGGAAAUUGUCAAGCAGUAAAAGCAAAUCAGACACGAAAAAAUUAAAAGACAAUAAUGUGAACACAUACUGGCAGUCCUCCGGCUUAGGACCACACACAAUCACAAUACAAUUUUUUAAACUUACAAAAAUUUCCAAAAUAUAUUUACUCUUUAAUUAUUUAUUAGAUGAAUCUUACACGCCUUACGAAAUAUCCAUCAAAGUAGGAAACGAUGAAAAUCGUCUCGAUGUUUUAUGUACCACCUUUUGUGAUGUGAACAAAUAUCCUGUGGACGAUCCUUUUUGGUUUAUUAUUGACUUGGCAAAAUUUCAACUCCACUCUUACUUUUAUAAUUACAAUAUGAACGCCUUCAAGCGUACGAAUUUUAUAUACUGCCGUUGCAUACAAAUUUGUGUCAUGUCUAGUCAGCACUAUGGGCGUGAUACUCGCAUACGGCAACAUGAUAAAUCGCUUAUUUUGUGA